AACCCCAAUUUUUAAACGAGGUGAGAAGUAUGACCCAAAUAAUUAUAGAGGCAUCACAGUGAGCAGUAACCUCGGAAAACUAUUCUGCUCCAUCAUCAAUGACAGAUUAAUUCAGUUCAUCCAAGAACACAAGAUUUUAAACAAUUGUCAAAUUGGAUUUAUGCCAAAACAGAGAACUUCAAAUCAUAUUUACACACUCCACACACUCAUAGACAAAUAUGUUCAUCAAACAAAACAAGGAAAAAUAUUUGGCUGCUUCAUUGAUUUUAAAAAAGCCUUUGAUUCAGUAUGGCACAAUGGACUUUUUCUAAAACUGAUUCAAAGCGGAAUAGGAGGAAAGACAUAUGACAUCAUAAAGGACAUAUACAACGGGAACAAAUGCUGUGUCAAGAUCAACGACAGACGGACUGAUUAUUUCAGUCAGAACAGAGGAGUGCGUCAAGGCUGUAGCCUCAGCCCGACUCUGUUUAAUAUCUAUAUUAAUGAACUGGCAUCAGCACUUGAGAAGUCCCCUUGUCCUGGUCUGACCCUCGAGGGCAGAGAAGUCAAAUGUCUCCUGUACGCUGACGAUCUUCUGCUCUUGUCACCUCAUGAAGAGGGGCUACACCAAAGCCUCUCGCUAUUAGAAGAUUACAGUAGAGACUGGGCCUUACCAAUCAACGCCCCUAGUCUCGGCUGCAGGGCAGAACUGGGCAGAUUCCCUCUUCUAGCAGAAAUCCAGAAGAGAACAGCCAAGUUCUGGUUCCAUCUAUCAGACACACGGACAGAUGAUUACCAUCACUGCGCUCUUAUGUACAGGACAGGACACCCAGAGAGUGACCCCAUGCACCAUUUAGUGGGAAAACACCAACUCCGCUCAACCAUUCAAUUAAGACACGCAAAAGUUAAAGAAAUUGGAAAACUAACCCAGGAAGAAUACAUCCAUGAUUGGCAGAUCAAAGUAGAACAAAUUAACAAAUUAAAAUACUUCUAUAGAUUAAAGACUAGCUAUCAAUUGGCACCUUACUUGAUCAAAAUUAAGGACUAUAGUAAGAGAAAGCUCCUGACGAAGUAUCGUCUGAGUGAUCACCGUCUGUGUGUGGAGACGGGCCGACACAAACACAGCUGGAGAGAGAGAGAGCUCCGACUGUGUCCUCACUGCACAGAGUGUGUGUGUGUGUGUGUGUGUGUGUGUGUGUGGAGAGAGAGAGAGCUCCGACUGUGUCCUCACUGCACAGAGGGACUGGUAGAGGACGAGCUGCACUUCCUCACACACUGCACUAAAUAUGAACACAUUAGAGACCACUACUUUACCCUAAUAGCUCAAAUUGUGCCUGAAUUCAGGCAAGCAAGUGACAUAGACAAACUCAGUUAUAUUUUGGGAGAGAAAGAAAAGUGUGUCCAGCUCGCAGCGCAGUACGUGUCCUCCUGUCACAUCAUGAGGGACAAAAACUAAACUCCUGUUCUUCAGCAAUGCUCUCUGUAAAUAUUUACCCUGUAUCCACUAAUUAUUUUUGUGAUUAUAU